GUGGCGGUCUAUAUAGCACCCGCGGGGGGACAGGGGUGUCACUUUCCAGAAGGACAGUCGGACAGCCAGCCAGCCGCAUCAACCCCCCCUCAGUCAGGAUGUCUAUCACUAAGAUCCAUGCCCGAGAGAUCCUCGACUCCAGAGGAAACCCCACCGUGGAGGUGGACCUCUACACCGCCAAAGGCCGUUUCAGGGCAGCCGUGCCCAGCGGUGCCUCUACUGGUGUCCAUGAGGCUUUGGAGCUGAGAGAUGGAGACAAGUCACGCUAUCUGGGAAAAGGUACCAUUAAGGCUGUGGAUCAUGUGAACAAGGACAUCGCUGCCAAACUGAUUGAGAAGAAGUUCAGUGUUGUUGACCAGGAGAAGAUUGACAAAUUCAUGCUGGAGUUGGACGGAACUGAGAACAAGUCUAAGUUUGGAGCCAAUGCCAUCCUGGGUGUGUCUCUGGCGGUCUGCAAGGCCGGAGCAGCAGAGAAGGGAGUGCCCCUGUACCGACACAUCGCUGACCUGGCCGGACACAAGGACGUCAUCCUGCCCUGCCCCGCCUUCAACGUGAUCAACGGUGGUAGCCAUGCUGGUAACAAGCUGGCCAUGCAGGAGUUCAUGAUCCUGCCCAUCGGAGCGGCUAACUUCCACGAGGCCAUGAGGAUCGGAGCUGAGGUUUACCACAACCUGAAGAACGUGAUCAAGGCCAAGUAUGGAAAGGAUGCCACCAACGUAGGUGAUGAGGGCGGCUUCGCACCCAACAUCCUGGAGAACAACGAGGCUCUGGAGCUCCUGAAGUCAGCCAUUGAGAAGGCCGGCUACCCAGACAAGAUCAUCAUCGGCAUGGACGUGGCUGCCUCGGAGUUCUACAAGGCAGGAAAGUACGACCUGGACUUCAAGUCACCUGACGACCCUGCCAGGUACAUCACCGGGGAUCAGCUGGGAGAUCUGUACAAGAGCUUCAUCAAGGGAUAUCCCGUCCAGUCCAUUGAGGAUCCCUUCGAUCAGGAUGAUUGGGCUGCAUGGUCAAAGUUCACCGCCGCCGUCGACAUCCAGGUGGUGGGAGAUGAUCUGACCGUAACCAACCCUAAGCGUAUCCAGCAGGCUGUGGAGAAGAAGGCCUGUAACUGCCUGCUCCUGAAGGUCAACCAGAUCGGCUCCGUCACAGAGUCCAUCAAGGCGUGUAAGCUGGCCCAGUCUAACGGAUGGGGUGUGAUGGUAUCUCAUCGUUCCGGAGAGACAGAGGACACUUUCAUCGCUGACCUGGUGGUCGGACUCUGCACUGGACAGAUCAAGACUGGGGCCCCCUGUAGAUCAGAACGUCUGGCCAAAUACAACCAGCUGAUGAGGAUUGAAGAGGAGCUUGGAGACAAGGCCAAGUUUGCCGGCAAGGACUACCGUCACCCCAAAAUCAACUAAACCCUCCAUCCUCCUCCAUCUCCUCCUUUAACCUAUCACGGCUGACUGUCUACCCUCCUCUUGAGGUCAGGGGUCAGAAGAAGACGAAAUUCCACUUUUUAUGUGUUUUAUCUUCGGCCCUUUCAUCCCUCCCUCCGUCCCUCCCUUUCAUCCCUCCCUCCGUCCCUCCCUUUCAUCCCUCCCGACGUCCCCUGUUACGAGUGACUGUUUUGACGUAACGUGAGAAAUAAAACAAAACCAAAUUUAAA